GUUAAUUUACGAAUACAUGAUAUUACACUCUUCAAUGAUGUGUAUGUAAAGUAGCGAUAUUCCUGAUACGGAAAAUAUGGAACCAGAAGCAAAUUCGGGCGGCGCUAGCUUGCCGGUAGUUCAGCAGAAUGUAUCAAUCUUUAGCCCUGCCUCAUACAACUUGCCGCAUUUCAAAUAUAGGCACCUGCCACAAUCAGAGAUUCGCAAUGCUUGGGGAUUGUGGAUUAGAUGGUUUGAAACCAUAAUGGCAGCUUCCAAUGUCACAGAUGGCCCAAGUCGAAAAAUGCAGUUACUUGCAAUGGGAGGAAUGGAACUGCAGAGCGCUUUCUACGGAAUACCGGGAUGUGACGAAGAUGACGAUGAUGAUCCGUACGUUUCAGUAAAAAAGAAGCUGACUGAUUUUUUCUCACCCAAACACCAUGAGAGUUUCGAACGAUUCCUCUUUUGGUCAAUGGUGCCUGGCGAUGAAGAGUCUAUCGAGAAAUUCGCUUUACGGGUUCAACAAAAGGCAGAAAAAUGCUCCUUCGGAAAAACGGAAACAGAAAGCCGACAUAUUGCGGUUGUGGAUAAAAUAAUCCAAUACACUUCAGAUGACCUUCGUCAAAAGAUGCUGGAAAAGGAGCAUCUGACACUUGACGAAGCUAUGAAGAUAAUAAAUGCAUACCAAUCAGUAAGGUACCAAUCGGCCAAAAUGAGUACGAAAUCUGAUAGAAGUUCGAACAAUCGUGGCUUGGAGUCAGAAGGAUCUACUGUGAAUCGGCUGUAUGAAACACAUUCCAAUACAACAAGAGCAAAUCCACGCUGUUUGCGCUGUGGAUACAGCCGACAUCGAGAAUUAGAUCACUGUCCAGCGUUGAAUAAAACUUGUCUUCGCUGUAAGAAAGUCGGGCAUUUCAAAUCCGUAUGCAAAACUAAUAGCAAGGAAACAGGUUCUAGUGCUUUCCAGCGAGCAUUUGACCGCAAACGCAAAGCUCCAGGUUCGAACAAUCAAGGGUUAUCGCGUCCGCCAAAAUACUCCCGACCGGUAUUCAACAUCGAGGACGAAUCAAAAUGUGAAGAAUAUCCGGUGUAUAAUGUAGGAGAAUCGGACGAACUGAUAUCCUGCUGCAUUGGCGGAGUAAGAAUAACUAUGCUCAUUGAUUCGGGCUCAAAACAUAAUCUCAUCGAUGAUACCACCUGGAAUCUUAUGAAAUUAAGAGACGUUAAAGUACGUAACGAGAGAUUUGACAAUGAAAAGCGAUUUUUGGCAUAUGGUCGUGUCCCAUUGAAGCUAAUCACAGUAUUUGAUGCGGAUAUGGAAAUCAAUGAUGGAGACAAGCUAUUGAAGACGACCUCAACUUUCUACGUGAUAGAAAAAGGCCAGCAACCGUUACUAGGAAAAGUAACCGCGCAGCAAAUAGGAGUUCUUCAAAUUGGAUUGCCAAGUUCACAUAACGCUUCGAUCAGUAGAGUAGAUACAGGGAAACAACCUUUCCCUAAAAUAAAAGGAAUAGAGUUGAGUUUGCCUAUUGAUAGGACAGUCCCACCUGUCAUCCAACCACUUCGACGGUGUCCUAUUCCUUUAUUGCAACAGGUUGAAUCAAAGUUGGACGAACUUCUACAAAUGGAUAUUAUCGAAAAAGUCACUCGGCCCACUUCAUGGGUUUCCCCGUUGGUCCCAAUACUAAAGGACAACGGAGAGCUCCGUUUGUGUGUUGACAUGCGUAGAGCAAAUAUGGCCAUUAAAAGACUGAACCAUCCGCUACCUGUUUUUGACGAUUUACUUCCAAAAUUUCGAAAUGCUAAGAUGUUUACAACUCUAGAUAUAAAACAGGCGUUUCAUCAGGUCGAGUUAACGGAGGAAUGCCGUGAUGUGACCACGUUCAUUACAAACUGGGGUUUGUUUCGAUAUAAGCGUUUACUAUUCGGUGUGAAUUGUGCACCGGAAUUGUUCCAGAAUCUAAUGGAGACUAUUUUAGCUGAGUGUGAGAAUACAGUUGUUUAUAUCGACGAUAUCGUGAUGUUCGGGUCCACCGAAGAAGAACACGAUGCCGCCGUUAAGCAAACCCUGGCCGUUUUGAACAGCUAUGGCAUUCUACUGAAUGACCACAAAUGUAAAUUCAAACAAACCGAAAUCUUGUUCAUGGGUCACAAGUUAUCACCAGAAGGAGUUUCACCAGCUGAACAAAAGGUUAAAUCCAUUUUACAGUUUAGACCACCACAAACCAAAGAAGAGCUAAGAAGCUUUCUUGGUUUAGUGACGUACGUGUCACGAUUUAUUCCGAAUUUGGCUACACUAAAUUUUCCACUCAGAGAAUUACUCAAACAGCAAACACCAUUCUCUUGGGAACCGAAGCACCAACGAUCGUUUGAGCAACUCAAGCAACAGAUUGGAUCCCAUGAUCAUCUUGGGUACUACGACCCAAACGAUCGGACUUUAUUAGUAACUGACGCUUCGGGAGUGGGACUAGGAGCUGUACUAAUACAAUUCAAAGAGAACCGACCCAGAGUCAUUGGCUAUGCAUCAAAAAGUCUCUCGGAAGCCGAGAAAAAGUAUCCCCCUAUUGAAAAAGAAGCCCUUGGGCUUGUUUGGGGCGUGGAACGCUUCAAAAUAUAUCUCUUGGGAAUAAGCUUUGAGUUAGAGACUGAUCAUAAGCCGCUCGAAACUCUAUUCACCGCUACGUCACGACCAACGGCUAGAAUUGAAAGAUGGAUGCUGCGUCUUCAGGCAUUCAAAUUCAAAGUCGUCUAUCGUAAGGGUUCAGCCAACUUAGCUGAUACCCUUUCAAGAUUGGGAGCGCACGUACAAGACAAUCAAUGGAGCGAUGAAAGUGAGGUGUUCAUUCGACGUGUUUCGGCUGAGUCGUUAUCAACGUUACCAAGUUUCAGAAAUGAUCCUGAUUUUGACCCUGAUACUGAAAUCUGCAUUCGUACUAUUCAGGAAGCUGCUGCAGUUGACAUCGAAGAAGUCAUGCAAGCUACCGCACAGGACCCGGAAAUGCAGAGAUUAAAACAGUGUAUCAUUAACGACUCCUGGAAUUGUGGUGAUUUGCGACAAUAUAUCCCAUUUCGAAAUGAAUAUACGUAUGUAAACACUUUAAUCUUACGUGGAUCCAAACUGGUCAUACCCGUAAGCUUACGACAGAGAAUGCUGCAAUUAGCACAUGAGGGCCACCCCGGACAGUCAAUGAUGAAACGACGUUUGCGGGAACGAUGCUGGUGGCCAGGAAUAGACAAAUCAGCCAUUGACACUUGUGAAGCUUGUGAAGGUUGCCGAUUAGUUCAACUACCAGAUCCACCGGAACCGAUGAUGCGGCGUCCAUUACCUGAUCGGCCGUGGCUCGACAUAGCUAUUGAUUUUCUGGGCCCAAUGCCAUCUGCGGAAUACAUCCUUGUAGUAAUCGAUUACUACAGUCGUUAUAUGGAGUUGGAGAUUAUGAGCAAAAUUACGGCUCAAGAAACAAUCAAGAGGUUGAAGCGAAUCUUUCGAAUUUGGGGACCUCCGAGAACGAUUACCUUGGACAACGCCAAACAAUUUGUGUCUUGUGAAUUCGAAGACUACUGCAAGACGAAUGGUAUUCAUCUUAACCACACAUCUCCCUACUGGCCACAGGCAAAUGGGGAGGUCGAACGGCAAAACAGGGGUGGCAUUGCGCAUCUCGAAUCGAAUCACUCUAUUCGACACGGUAGUAAGUUUUGCAGAAGCAAGCGAGAAUGCAAAAUAGACGGUUGCAAGGGAAUGCACAAUCGUUUAUUGCAUAAAUCAGCCGUCGAGAAACCCAAGGAAAAUCAAAAUCUGGAGAAGGACAAAACUAACAAUAAUCAUCAUGGAAGUCGGAAAUCAACGGUAUAUUAUCAAAUAGUACCAGUAACGUUGCAGAAUGGAAAACUCUCUUUGGAAACAUUCGCUUUCCUUGAUCCCGGCUCGUCAUUAAGCCUUUUGGAUCAAUCGGUAGCGGAUAAACUUGGGCUCCAUGGACGGUCAGAACCACUGGAAUUAACCUGGACGCAGAACGUUUCAAAGGAAUCACCUAGCCGAAGAGUACAGCUGUGGAUACGCGGACAUGGAGAAAAAACUUAUUCAAUGAAGGAUGUCAGGACCAUCGAGAACAUUGAACUUCCAACGCAAACAUUGGAUAUUAAACACAUGAAGAAGGAGUUCACUUAUUUAGCUGAUGUUCCAGUUCAGGGAUACGUCAACGCCAAGCCCAUGAUUUUAAUUGGCAUGGAGCACGCUCAUUUGUUGUUGACGACCGACAGAAGGGUAAGUGACGAGAACUCGCCGAUGGCAGCGCGUACCAAACUAGGAUGGUUGAUUUUCGGUAAGGUAUAUAGAGAACCGAAGAAACUAGAUUCACCAGAUUUAAUCCCGAAUCAAAAUGAGGAACAUGAUAUAUGA